CCCGGCGUAGGUGCUGCUCACAAAAACACCGCGUCUUUGCAGGGGUCUUGUGGACUCGCUCCAGAGAGCGAGAGCGGCCGUCUGCGCCGCUGCGGGCACGCCGGCGGGGGGGAUCCAUGCGCUUCGCUGUGCCCACGUUGCUUUGCAGUGGGAGCAUCGCAGGGGCUCGGCGCGAUGGUCUGGGCGAGCUCCCGCCCGGCGGCAGCUGAGCCGCGGAAGGGGCUCCUUGUGCCCUGGAGCUCCCCGUGCAGUUCCCUAGCGGAAAUAGGCUGAAGCUAGUUUUGUGCUUCUCGUGUAAAGAUGAAAGAAAGCACAGGAGAAACAGCUUCUGAGAGGCUUAAAAGUAUCAUCAGGCUUGCUUUCCCUCCGGAGAAGGGCACAGGGCCAGCAUCUUGCUCUUUAGGGAUCUCUCUCUUAAUAAGUAAACAGGAUAUUGCAUUAGGAGUGACUGAGUCUGCUAAGACCCAGCAGAACAGCUCUGCAGACCACGAGUGUCCGUCCUUCGGCCCGGUGUGUGCUGGGCUCCGCUGUCUCCUGCCCCGUCGCCCCCGUGGCCGCCUCUAGCUGCUGGUCGAGGUGGCGCAGGCGCUUCCUGCAGCGUGCUCGAGCCCAGCUGGGGGGGGACGAGUCCUUCCGUCCAGCGGCUCCGUCCGUCACUGAAGAGCUUCGCGCCAGCCUGGCUCAUCCUUUCGGCCACGAGCCUGGUCCCCCAGGGCUCAGCGGCGUUGGAGCGACCGUCUCGGCUCUGCGACGGCCUGGGGUGGCUCUGCUGCAGGUCCCUCCCGCUCGGGGCUAGGAGAGCAGCUUCGGUGGGAUAAGACGGCUUCUGACCCACGUGGCUUAGAAGAAUUGUUGCUUUCUUAGCAGUAGUGAAACCUCUGAGCUCAUUGCCACAAGGAAGAGAAAGGACGGCCCUGAGCAAUGUCGAACGACCCUCCGCCACCCUACCCCGGGGGCCCCUCGGCACCGCUCAUCGAAGAGAAGCAUGGCCCGCCUCCCACGACAGACGGCGUCUCCCCUGCUGCGGGCCAGCCCCAGGCAGCCCCCGUCCCCCCGCCUGAGUUUGGGCCCCCUCCCUACGAGCCGCCCUCGCAGCCGGGCUUCGUGCCCCCCCACAUGCCCACAGACGGCUCCGGGCCCUACGUGCCGCCCGCUGGUUAUUACCCCCCGCCGGGGCCUUACCCCCCCAUGGGCUACCACCCUGCCCCAGGCCACUACCCUUCUCCUGGCGGCCACACAGCAACCGUGCUUGUCCCGUCGGGGACUACCACCACGGUGACCGUGCUGCAGGGGGAGAUAUUCCAGGGCGCCCCAGUGCAGACGGUGUGUCCCCACUGCCAGCAAGCCAUCACCACCAAGAUCACCUACGAAAUCGGGUUCAUGAGCUUCCUUCUCGGCUUCCUCUGCUGCUUCGUCGGGUGUGAUCUCUGCUGCUGCCUGAUUCCUUGCCUGUUUGAUGACUUCAAGGACGUGACACACACGUGUCCCAACUGCAAGGCCUAUAUCUACACGUACAAGCGCAUGUGCUAACAGCACCCCAGGAGCCUGAGCCACCGGAAUGAUACCAGCUCCUCUCCUGCUGCCAUCCUAGUCUAUGCGUGCGCAACACUCCUUCGCUUAAACCGCUGGUGGUGCGUAUGUGUGUGCCCCCCGCCCCGAUUCCCUAUCGCUCAGCGCUGUGACCACCUACCCUGGGCUCCGGUCGUUGCUGUGAACGAUUCGAGUGGGGACACUGGUCCGGGUGCACAGCGGCCGCGGGCUGAGCUCCCGCUGCCCUGCAGCGCAGAAGCAAGGCCCCACGCCUGUGCCCACUCCAGGGCAGCAGUGAGGCCCCGCUCGCCUGGCGCACGCUGGCAGAGGCUGCUGAUGCUCCCCUGCACCCCCCCCCAAUCCAACCACUUCUCCACAUACCUGCAGUGGGUUGUCAGACUGUGAGGAUGAGGAGGCAGCUGCUCAGGCAUGGAACCACUGCAGGCAGGCCUGCUGCGCCCAGGCAGGUGCCCAGCCCCGAGUCACCUGCUGCUCAGCGCCAGGAAAGGGGGAGGCCAGAGCUGGCCAUGGGGUGCGUUAGGACACUGACACCAUCACCUCAGCUGUGCCCCAAUUUGGAGGGGGCCUGGUGGAGGUGCAGUAGGACAUACCUCCUCCAGGGAGGCAGAAGGCUUAGGGCCAUGCACACCAGGCUCCAGCGUGGGUCCCCUGCUGCUGGCUCACGGCAGGCUCUGGCCAGGUCAGUGCAGAGCUGCUUCCCAAAGAGAGGCACAGAGCCACCUUCAAGGGGCAGGGUGCAACCACAGCGCUGCACCGUUAAUCUGUUUUAAUCCAGCAUAGCGAUCCUGCCAGCGCAGCCACCAGCCUCACACCUGGUGGCCACUGCUGCUCAAGCCACAUGCGCCUCCUCCCAGCCUCUGCAGCUGCUGUGGCUGUUUGGAGGAGUGAAACCCCCAGCUGUUCCUCAUCCACCCUACAAACCAUUAGCAAAAAAUGAAUCCAGUAUGUUGCCACAUACACACAGCACCAUAGAAUAGAGGAGUUUGUUACCAGACUGCAGCUGGCUCAUACUCUAAACCAGCUCUGGGGCAGAUCUCUGCCCACCCACCCCAGAGCCCUCUCCCUCCCUCCCCCCAAGCCCAGCAGGGGCUGUGGGCACACACCCAGCAGCACCCAUCCUGCAGUUACCAUGGAUGCACCUGAUGGAGGCCCUUGUUGCAUGUGAGUGUAGGGGGUUACUUUUAAUUGCACCUCACACCAGGCAAAAGGAGCAGGGCAAGCACGCAGUGAAACAUGCUGCCAGCAGCACAGUGCUGGAUGAGGGCAGGAGGGCCCAGGAGCCAUUUUUCAUCAUCUGUGCAGCAGCUCCUCCUCUGCCUUCCUCCAGCACCCUGCUCCUGCAGCCAGGGCAGCUGGAGCAAGCAGGCCCCCUCCCAGCAAAGCAGAGUUGGGGAAGAAGCUCUGCAUAAGCAGGUUUGCAAAUGGUCUGGCCUGCACAGGCAGCUGCUGUUUGCUUGGAAAUAAAACUGUGGCACUCAUCCCACUGUAUGUAAAUAAAUAACAGACCCUGA